GCGAGGUCAUGCAACCGGACGUGCGGAAGUUCCAACAGUCCAGUCGUCGUUCACUCAUGCAUGGACCUCACCGGACAUGGUUCCUUGGGCUCACAUAAUCCCGCUUCACGUUGCACCUUCUGGAAGGCUACAUCAACCGCUGGGGUCUACAGCUGAACAGCAGCGCCGGACACUGUCGACCCCUCGUAGAUGAACAGGUGGAGCUGUAUACCCUAUCAUUGAGAAAAUAAAGUAGCUCUUCUGUUCGGUCUGGACAUUCCUGAUUGGCCCGCAACGCGUGCGUCUUGCGAAGGUCAGGCACGCGAGUCACCUCGCGCCGUGUUAUUCUUUCACCGCUGUGGUUUUGAGAUCACGUUAUCAGUGCUGUUUUCAGGGAAUAGCCCGAGAUGGAAUGUUUUAGCGUAACGGAAUUCAAGUUAAGCGAUUGUGUCGUGGCUACUAAUUUUGCUAUUCUUAGUAGAAAGCCUAACUCUGACCACGGCGGAGGCAACCACUCACGAAGUUUUCGUUGAUACAACGACGGCGAUUACUACGACCAUGGUGCCAACUAAGACUACCCACACCACGGCGACUACGACCACAGCGCCAAUUGAGACUACUACGACUACCACCACGACUAGCACUACUACGACCACCACUACAACAACGACGACUACUACUACGACUACGACCACGACGACUACGACCACGACUACAACCACCACGACAACCACUACCACGACCACUACGACGACAACGACUACCACCACGACGACUACUACUACCACCACCUUGAAACCACCUUUGCCUCACAAGUUUCUUGCUUGCGUCAGUUCAGUCGUUCAGGCAAUAUUUCACCCACUGGAUGAUGUGUGUUACUUCAUGUUCUUCACCGUCCAAGACAUCAAUCAACUCAAAAACAAGAAUAUCGGUCUUGCGAGAAGCAAAGUUGGUAUCGACAUACCGAGCUCAAAAGCCAACGCUAAUCAGGGCAAACUUGAAAAUUCCAUCGCAGCGUACUGGCCAAAGAUCAGAGACUUCGCUGUCCUGGACAUGGAACUCCGUCCAAGUGUUUCCACUUAUGUCGGUCAUGUCGAAGCAUUUCUAACAGAAACGGACAGACUUCUAAACAUCCAUAUGAAAGCAGAACCAACGCCAAGGAGGAACUUUGGCUACGUGCUUCUAGGUGUGGCCAUACUCCAUGGAAGCCAACAACCAAGCACCCUCAUGGCUAACUUCAAUCAGCUAGUACAAGGAAUUAAGCCAGACGCAAUGGUGUACCGAACAACUCUCAAUCGCAAUAUAACUGACCCAAACGUAUGCUGGACUACAGGACCGUCACCCUGGGGUAGAUCUGCCAUGCCGUCUAUGCAGUCGUCAUUCGUUGAGUCGCUGUCAUUCAGGCAAGUGACUGGGUUCAAACCACUGCCUUUGAAGACAACGGAAUUGCUCUCCUUUAGCGCUGCGGCCUUUUUAACCAUUUAUAAAGACAGCGAUUUUGCCAGACCACCCACUGCCCCAUGCCAGAAUGUCACCCAGGUCAAUCCAAAAGAAUUGGUGUGCGGAAAUGGAAAAUAUCAUAAGGUAGUAAUAAACAAUGCGGGGAGCCUCGAAGUCGACCAAACCCGACUCGACCUAGCGGGCCGUACGACUGACAGCAAUUACACAGUAGCGUACGACUCGCAUUGCACUAUGUCGCAAAAGAUGUGUAUGUCUUCCAAUACCUAUGGCUUCACGGGCGGCUACAUCAUCUUCGACGUCCACUUCCACUACCUGUGUUCAGCACCAUCAGCAUCCGUAGAUUCCAAGGGUGACUUUGGCGUUGUGAAGUGGGCAAAAGUUAAUAUGCACAAGAACUACGCCGGGUUAGAUUGCAAGCAGUGCUGAUAAGCUCAUGGGCAAAAAAAUGAUUAUCAUUUGGAUGCGGAAUAUUGUUUACAUGGCCGUGAAACAAUCUGAUGUGAUAUGAUGCAAUAUAUGAUGUUCCAUCCAUGA